AUGGCACAGAACUUCAGAUCAGUGGCCUAUAGCGUCUCUGCUGAUGGUAAAGUGGCAUAUAUAACACUCAACCGUCCCGAGCGAAUGAAUGCGAUAGAUCCACAUCUCCCGAGCGAGCUCCGAGCAGCAGUGAGACUCGCCAACGCCGACAACAAAGUCCAUUGCAUAGUGCUAAAGGGCGCAGGGAAAGGCUUCUGCGGCGGCUAUGACCUAGUCUCAAGCGCGGAACAAGCAYAGCGUGGCAAGACCGGGGGAAGUCAAGACCUGACAAACGGUUACGAUCCACUACAAGACUAUCAACUCAUGAAAGAAUGUACAGAGUGCUAUGCCGAAUUAUUCCACAGCCACAAGCCGACUAUUGCUCAAGUCCACGGUGCCGCUGUCGCAGGCGGCAGUGACAUUGCUUUGAGCUGUGAUUUGGUAAUCAUGGCUGAUAAUGCACGUAUUGGGUAUCCACCGACGCGAGUCUGGGGAUGUCCAACUACCGCCAUGUGGACUUAUCGUGUCGGAGUGGAGAAAGCGAAGAGGCUUCUCUUCACUGGAGAUCUGAUCGAUGGGAAGGAAGCUGAACGCAUGGGACUCAUCCUCAAAUCUGUGCCGGAGAUGGAGUUGGAGUAUACGGUGCAGUUACUGGUGGAUCGUAUCAAGACGGUUCCGGUCAAUCAAUUGUGGAUGCAAAAAGCAGUGGUCAAUCAAACUAUUCAAGGCCCGCUUGAAUCUAGCCAGCAACUUUCGACAAUAUUCGAUGGUAUCACGAGAAAUUCGCCAGAAGGGAUCGCUUUUCAAAAGCUUUCGGCCGAGAAGGGUUUCAAGCAUGCCAUCUCACAGCGCGAUGAGCCUGGAAGAACAGAGGAGUACCGCAAAGUGUGGAAGAGUUCGCUGUGA